GGGCAUUGGUGUUCCCUCGAAAAGUAACAAUCGUGGAAUUUAACAGAAGUUGGCCAACAAAUAGAACUAGAGCUUUAGAACUCAUUUGGAAGCGUUUUUAAAAUGACUGCAAACGUUUUUGAUGAAAAUGUGUUUAAAACCAAUCUUUAGUAAAAAUGCAAGUAAAUUUUAGAAAAACACUUAAAAGUGCUUCCUGGAUGACACAUAAACUAGUGUUUCUUGCAAAAAAUACUUCAAGUGCUUUUAGAACUUAGAAAUAUUUUUUUCUAAAAGCGCUUUCAGUCAUACAAAGAUUGGAGUGAAAUUCAUUUUCUUAUAACUUUUAAUUGACUGUUUUAUUGUAUACAUGCAGCAAUUUUGUAGUAGAUUUCAGAUGCAGCCAAUAACAAGAGAGUUUCGAUAAUACCAUGGUGUCGAAAUGAACACGUAUACAUGCAUGUUUUUUAAUUCGUUAUAAGUUCGUCGAAUCAGCUGAUGAAUCGAUCUCCUGCGUCCGAUUUCUGUUGAAUUCCGACCUGAAAUUUCAAACCCUUAAUCUGUAGCAAGCUUGGGUUGCAGAAUCUAACCAAUGCUGUCAGAAUCACAGAGACCAUCCCUUGUCGUUGGGGUGUUUUGUUCCUAACUUGUACCUGCACGUUUUGUAGCAGCACAAGUAGAUAAGCAAACACAAAACUGAAUGAUUGGUAAUGGAAGCAGACUCUCAGUCUUCCAUGUUACAAUGUCUACUCACUACUGCUUCCGGUAUAAAUAUAUUUAAUGGAUCCAAAUGCAUCAAGCUUUCUGGUCAGUCCUUCAACCUUCCAGUCAGUUUACUACGAAGCCAAAGAGAAUGAUGCCAUCAUUGAUCUUGGUCUUAGCCUCAGAGCUCUGCAGCCUGAAACUUACCAUCCAUCUGCACAUUUGGUGAGCUUGGAGGGAUAUGAUGGUCUGAUAGAUUGGCCCCAGGCUAACCUGAACUUGAAGAACACUAGCAUUCUAAACGCGAGAAAUGUCGCGGAAGAUUGCGACGAAGAAGCAGAGGGAGUGCAAAGCAAGGAGAGGAGGGCUUAUGUGAAGGUUAACAUGGAUGGGCUUGUUAUUGGCAGGAAAGUCUGUAUUCCUGAUCACAGUGGUUACUCGAGUCUUGCCUUUCAGCUGGAAGACAUGUUUGGUAGACAAUCUGCAUCUGGGUUAAGGUUAUCUCAGGAUGCGUCCGAGUUUUUGCUUUUUUACAAGGACAGAGGUGACAAUUGGCGAACUGUCGGUGAUGUUCCAUGGAAGGAAUUUGUAGAAUGUGUGACGCGAAUGAGGAUUGCAAGAAAGAAUCAAGCUUUUCUUUCACCUCCUUUGAAAUUUAACUAAUUUUUUGUUUUCCGCGUUGUUUCAUAUGUUCUUAGAGAUAGUUUAACGUUGGAAGUUGGAACACCAUUUCGACUACGAAAUAGUGUACCAACAAUAGCAUGUUUGUAUGCACAAGAAAUCGUAAGAUAGGCUUCAAGCUAAACUUUUAAUAA